UUCAUUAAUUUCCGUUCGUUGCCCAGCUACUUGGGAGUUCAUCGUCCGUUCACACUUCAAUAUUUGCUGAUUUUCAUUUUAUCGAAAAAGUUUUGUUAACUUUGAUUUCAACAGCAUUUCUUUGAAAAUUCCAAAAAGAACUUAAAAUGACUUCCACAAAUUUCAAUGUUGGUAUCGGUGACAUCAGAAGAAACACUAGCAAGGUCUUGAAACCACCAGGUGGUGGAAGUAGUGAUAUAUUUGGAACAGCAUCAUGCGAUGAAGUUAAUCCACAUAAACGUGGUACAAAUCAGAAGAAUCUUCAAAGUUCCAUUAUUUUGGGUGGUCAAUCGCCAAAACAUAGUAAUGGUACAGUUGCUGCCAAUGGAAAUUCUGAUAAACCUGAUGGUAAUCCAGUAACUGGGGAAGGUUAUGAAGCUCCUAAGCCAACAGCUACACCAGCUCAGCAUGUUUCUGCUCAAUCAGAACCAGCUCCAGAACAAAAGAAGGCAAGCCGUGUGCCACCAGGUGGAUAUAGUUCUGGGUUAUGGUAAUUGCUGAGCCAGAAAGACCAACUAAAAUUUUAUCACAAUUUAUACAUCGCUUUUGUAUUUCUUUGAUAUAUUGAUGACCUUUGAUCACAUUUCAUCAAUAAAAUACUUAUUUAUGGUUUAUAAGAAAAUGACUUUCAGUGUAUGAAAUACAUAAUAAUAUUACAAUUGUCA